AUGGAUUCUGACAUGGGGAUGAGGCUCAAGCGCCAGCCCACUAUAGGUCUUGGUGGGCUUCCGACGCCCUCGCAGUCGAUGACAACUGCUGGCACAGUUACCCCAAAACAAGAGGAGGUCGAAGAAGUUGGACUUCUACCUGACAGUCUACAAGACAACAACUUUCACGGUCCGUCAUUCGGAUUUCAAAACGGCUUGCCGACUGCAGAUAGUAGCUUCUUCAGCAACACGUCGGAGCAGUAUCGCCGGUCAGAGGGAGUUUCACUUCGGUCCUCCCGAGCUCCACCACCCCCACGAACCGAUACAAUGGCAACCACUACGUCCGAGCAGACUGGUUUGGAGGCCGUGGGAAAGCAUGUAAAACGCCUUAUUGAUAUGAUGGAAGAGUUGCGCCGGAUCGGCCUAAAGGACAUCGACACACAUCUUCCCGAGCUUGUCUUGGUUGGAGAUCAGAGUGCCGGGAAAUCUUCGUUAAUGUCAGCAAUUGCCGAGAUCAAUCUUCCCAAAGGGGACUCGAUGUGUACUCGCUGUCCGACCAACAUAAAGACCUCUGAUGCGGCUACGUGGAGCUGCGAGGUAUCUUUGCAUGAAUCGUACAAUUAUGAUCCUGUGAAGAGACCUAGGGCAAAGUUUCCGCACUGGGCGGAGCGCGAAGAGGGAAUGUUGGUUAGAUCGUUCAAGGCGAUCCAAGAGAAGUCGGAGCUAGAAGAGGUCCUGCGGUGGGCCCAGAUUGCUCUCCGUAACCCUAACGCCGACUACGCUUCGUUCAUUCCGGGCACAACUGGCCACAGCCGACAUUCUUAUGAGCGGACCUCAAACCCAGACUUUACAGAGCAAGUGGGAUUCUCUCCAAAUGUCAUUGCGGUUGAGAUUUGCGGCCCAGGACUACCAGAACUUUCUUUCUAUGACUUGCCCGGCCUUUUCAAUAAUGCUGAGGAGAAAAGCCAAGAAUAUCUGAUCAACGUCUUUGAGAAUCUGACCAUGAAAUAUAUCAAGCACGAGAGGGCUUUGAUAAUUUGUGCCAUGGCUAUGCAAAAUGAUGCUGGCAUGUCGCGCACAAAAGCUGUUAUCUCCCGAUGCAAAGCAGAGGACAGAUGCAUUGGGGUUCUCACUAUGCCAGACAGGGUCCAUGCGGAAAACAAGCAUAUAGAUUAUGACAACAUUCUGCGAGGAAAGAAAUAUGUCCUUCCAAGGGGUUAUUUUGUAACAAAACAGCCUGGACCAUCCUCCAGGUGUCUUAAGGGCCCGGAUUACCAUGAACAAGCGCGAAGGGAAGAAGAAGAUUUUUUUAAUACUGAUCGACUUUGGAGGGACGGAGGUGAAUGGUCUCAAUUCCGAUCUCGAUGUGGGACUUCUCCAAUCCAAAAAUAUCUUUCAAUAGAGUUCGGGAAGUUGAUUUCGUCAAGCAUCCCUGAUAUAGAACACGAGAUCCGCGCACGGACGGCCAAGGUCGAUGAGGAGUUGUCGCUGCUCCCGAAGCUCGACACGGAGAAGGUCCAACACACGGUCCGUCAACGGCUCAUCAAAUUUAGUAGCGAGAUUCGAACCCUUCUCGAUGGGAAUGGAACCUCCGCGGCGUAUUCGACUACUUUUCACAGCGAUUGGAAGCGACUUUGCUACCAAUUUCAAAAAGCUACAGAGGUGAUGCGGCCUGGCUGCCAAUGCAACCACCCGUCCGACAAAGUGUCCGAAGUUAUUACGAUCGACGAUGACUCCGAUGGCGGUAGCCGAAGCCCUGUUAGUUUCCGAACUCCAGUCCCAUCGAGCAAGCGGCCAGCACAAUAUGUUGAGUCACCCUCUGCGAAGAGACAGCGGAUCAACACCACACCGACCCCGAUCAAACAUGAAGGUGUGCCAAAAGGCAGUGGACCUGUUCGAACUCCGGCCAUCAAUGGGCAAAAUGGAGGCUUCUCCGUUGCCUUCAAAAAAUUGAAGAUGGAAGACUUUGGGCCAUUUUACCAAAGAUAUCUUGAUUCUGGCCGUGGGGCUAUGUCCCUCGCUGAUCUCCGAGAGAGUAUCGAGAAUCAUGGCCGGCCUGGAGUUCCCGACGAGAUCAGCCAUCGGGUCAAGGAACACUAUGCCCUCGUUAGCAUAAUUCCCUGGGAAUAUCCAUUGAAGACGUUUCUUGAUAGUACUUUUGCGAUGUUAAGGGCCGAGUUCCACAGAGUUUUGAGCGGAGUCCUUGACCACUAUCUUGAUACCGACCUAUACAGGCGCUCGAAGGUGAUUGUGGACGACUUUCUUACCUACCACGAAGAGGUGCUACGCGAGAGGUCUCUGAAGAUGUACGCGAUUGAGAAGUCCACCCUCUUCACGAUUAACGACCGUGCGUUCAUCCUCAAUAAAGCUGAAGCCCUCGAAAACCUAAGAGCUAUAAGGCGCCGAGUUCGGGUGGAUGCUUAUAUAGAUGGGUCGACACGGUUGGCCAAUAGCCGGCUUGAUAAGGAGGACUUGCGCAAUAAGGUGACGAACGAGCAACUCGGCCCCGACAAAUUCGAACGAGAAUUGGAUGUCGCUGCCUACAUUCGCGGGUACUAUACUACCGCAAGACUGCGAUUUACCGAUUUGAUAUGUGCCAAUAUCAAUGCAGCGCUGUUCGAUGAGAUUAAGGAAGGCGCAGAUUACCUCUUAGAAAGGCGGCUUACGAUCGACAUUGGAAACGGGGAGGCCAAGUGCCAGCAGCUCCUAGAAGGCAAUGCCGAAAUGGCUCGACGUCGCGGUCGCCUUAUGAAUGAGAAGGAGCAACUAGCCAAGUUCACUCAUACUCUCGAGGACUUCCACAACGACCCGAUUUUUGAGGAUGCCACCGACAGCCAACCAAGCGAUGCCCUCAGGCCCGGUCACUACAGCCCUAGCUGCAUGACGGAAGUUGGUGAUGAGUAG